AUGGGUCAACCAACACUUUAUGAGUUAUCACAAAUAACUGUAGGGCCCCAUAGUUUCAAGUCUAAUAAACCCAAGGCAGCUAGAAGAUUCAAACCUGCUCGUCAAUUACUCACUGAUGAAACCAAAUAUUUACAAUCCAAAAACUUGAAAUUUGAUACUCCUACUUAUACUUCAUUAGUUUCACCACCUACAUUGAAACCUAUUAAGAAAUAUUGUGAUAUCACCGGUUUAGAAGGGAAAUAUAAAUGUCCUUCCAAUGGUAUAAGGUUCCAUGAUGUCGAAGUUUACCAAGAAGUAGUUAAGAAUAUGACCACCUCAUUAGAUCAAGAAUAUUUGAGUUUAAGAGGUGCUAACGUUGUAUUGAAAUAA